AUGGGACUUUCGAGGCUCGUCAAGAAGCUCGAGGUCAAACCUACCGAUGACGAGUACGAGUCCAUCGAAACCAGUCGAUGGGGUAACAAAGAUGUCUACCCCAUACCCCACGACAAGCGAACCUACGGCUGGUUGUCCUUCUAUGCGUACUGGGGAACAUGUGGUAUUUCCCUGUCGUCUUGGACGAUUGGAAGCAGUUUGAUAGGCAUUGGACUUACAGCAGGUCAGGCCUGUGGGGUUGUCGUAAUCGGUUGCGUGCUUGCAUCUAUCAGCGCCUAUCUGAAUGGGGCACCCGGCGCACUGCAUCAUCUUGGAUAUGGUAGUCUCGCUAGAGCGGCCUUCGGUCUCUGGGGUUCGUGCUUUGUCGUCAUGUUGAACGUCUUUCAAAGCUUCAUCUUCUACGGUACCCAGAUGUAUUUCGGCGGCAUGGCGUUCGUCCUGAUCCUCAACUCCAUCUUUCCGUCAUUCCUGGCCAUGGCAAAC